AUGAGCGGCGUCUUUCCGCAAACUCUAAAAGAGGCAACGGACAGAUAUGGUCCUCUUGUCCGAAUUGGUCCCAAUCAGUUGGUAUCCUCAGACCCCGAGGUCCUCCGUCGCAUGUCUGCUGUGCGGGGUAACUAUGUCAAAGCAAGAUUCUAUAAAGCUGCGAGAGUCGUACCCGGCGUUGAUAAUGUGGUGUCUGCAUUAGACGAGGACAAGCACAAGGCCAUGCGUGCCCAAAUGAACUCGACGUUUACGGCCAAGGGCGACGAGGAAUAUGGGUUCGAGGCCGCAAUGGGCCGACAAAUACAAAACUUUGUCACAAUGCUGGGAAUCAAGUACACAUCUGCAGACUCGGAAAUUCGCCCAGUCGACAUGGCUGAAAAGAUCCAAUUCCUCGCACUGGAUAUAAUCGGAGACAUCUCUCUCGGGAAGCCAUUUGGCUACUUGAAACAAGAUCGAGAUCUAUAUAAUUUCAAUGAGAUUAAUAUGUCGUCCUUGCCGAUACUGACAUUCGUCUCAAUCUUGCCAGGCAUUGCGGAUGUUAUACACACAUGGCCGUUUCGAUUGGCUUUACCCAAGGAAGGAGACCAGGUUGGAUUCGGGCGCUUGCUAGAGCUUGUCACUAAAUCGGUCGAGACAGCAAUGCACCGAAAUGAGGCCAAAGAAGGUGCCCUGGUACAGAAUCAUGUUCACAUUGGCUUGACAAAGGAUGACAUGAUUCAGCAAGGAUUUGUUGCCAUAAUCGCAGGGUCCAACACAACCGCGCACUCUAUACUCAUGACUCUCCUGUCUCUAAUCGCGGCGCCGACGGCUUUCAAAGCUCUUCAAAAAGAAAUUGAUGAAGCCAGCUCAAGUGUCCACGACCCCAUCUCGUGGCAUGAAAUACGACAGCUCCCUUAUUUACAAGCGGUGAUCAAGGAGAGCCUUCGCAUGUGGCCGCCCGUGAGCGGCCUUGGAUUUAAGCUUGUGCCGCCGGGCGGCGAACACAUUAAUGGAUUCUUUGUGCCCGGCGGUACUGAGAUUGGGCAAGCAUUCUUGGCCGUGGGUAGGUCCAGGCAGAUCUGGGGAGCAGAUGCGGAUGUUUUUCGGCCGGAGCGCUGGCUGUGUGCUAGCCAUGCCGACUUGACCAAGAUGAACAAGGCCGCGGACACGCACUUUGGGGGAGGCAAGUUCUCCUGUCUAGGAAAGCCAAUUGCAAUGAUGGAGUUGCAUAAAACAGUAUAUGAGCUUAUGAAACGAUUCGACAUGGCCAUCAUUCACCCAGACAAGCCCAUGAAGACAAAGGCAUCGAUUUUUGUUUGCGAUACCGACUUUUGGGUUACACUGCGAAGACGGCCGGCACCAAAUGAAUGCCAAACCUUGAAUGAAGAGCACCCUGCAGAUUGA